AUGUCGACUACUCACUGUGCUAUCGAGAAUUGUAGAACAACUAUUCUCAAUAAAACACCGGGAAUAUCAUUUCACCCAUGCCCGCGAUCCCCUGAAAUGCGUAACAAAUGGCUGAAAGUGCUUAAAAACAAAUGUUCAAUGUUAGAUUGGGCAAAAAGCCGUAUUUGUUCAAAACAUUUCGAACUCAAGUAUUUUGAUGCUCAAAGAAGAUUAAGGAAUAAUGCUAUACCUACGUUAUUUGCGCCAGCUAUUCAAAAAGUUUCUGCUAGAUCUUCCUACUCGCAAGACCACACAAAAACUAGGGUGGACAGGCUAUUGAACAAGCUGACACAAGCAGAAUUAACCGCUGACAUCAAGAACAGUAUAACAAAACAUAAAGAGCCUGUUAAUCUGGAUGACUUCAUUACAGACGACUUAAAAUGUAAGCCUGAUGCCCCAAAUGAUGCCCAUUUGUGGCUUAUGGUCAAAAAACAAGAACACUUGAACAACAGACUAAUGGAUUUAGUUGUACAAACUAAAAAGCAUGUUGAAAUACUUCAAAACAACAUGGAGGAAGCUAAAAAUUCUAAGAUAGAAAAUGAACGAACUAUGGAAUCUUUAAAAUAUAUUGUCAAAUGUCUCCAAGAAAAACAUGCAACAUUGGAAGAACAGAUUGAAAUUUUAACUGCUGUUGAAACACGGUAG